AUGGCAGGGGAAAGUAUAAAAAGAGGAGAAGUCGAUGAGUUUGUCUCAGACGUUGGCAGAGGCAGAAGAAGACUGACACAUCCUCGAGGCUGCAGCACCCGAACGGAACAAUGAAGUUUUUGGUCUUGGCUUUAGCCGUCGCCCUGCUGUUUACAGCUGGUGGUGCCCUGGAAUGUCACCGCUGUAUCUCCAAAACGGCCGGUGGAACCUGUGAGCUCACCGUGGAGACCUGCAGCCCAGAGAAGAACGGCUGUGCCGCUGCUAAGUUCCUCAGAGCGCCACAUGGCCAGUACCAGAAAUGCAUGGCCCUGGAGUCCUGUGAAAUGCUGAAGAUGAACGCCUACAUCGACAUGAAGUGCUGCAGCGAUGACCUGUGCAACACCUUUGAUAAUUCGAUAUAAAAAUUGAAGAAAACGACAACGCACUUAAGUAUCUUUGAGCGAUGCAGUCCUGCAGACUGUGGUUGCUGCAGGCGGCUCCCAGGUGUGAGAUCAUGUAUGAAUUUGAAUACUUUAUCAAACGUGUCCCUUGACAAAUAAAAAAAGAAAAAAAAGAAAAGUGGAAUGAAAAAGA